AUGUCUUUCACCAUGCGACCGACCCUCUUACCACAAUGCACAUCAUGCCUACGACGCAUUAGCAAUAUCGGCCUCCAAGAAUGGCGUAGCGGACAGCAGGUUCGCGGCAAGAAGAAGCUGGCCAACACACCCACCACCGUCACUGUACGCCUCACAAAGGACGUACCGACUUUUGGUCGCAAGGGAACAUACGUCCCCAUCUCGAUUGGACGUAUGCGCAACGAGUUUUUCCCAACAAGGACGGCAGAAUACGUGUCGAGCGCACAAUUGAAGGACAUGAAGGCGAAGAAUAUCAGCGCUGAGAGAGACUUCCAAUUCGGCGUACCUGACCCGACCCUUGCUACAGCCGCCGAGAUACAACCUCAGCGUCUGUCUAAACGCACUGUUGAAGUUGAGAAACUGGCGCCCAAGCGAUCGACCGAGCUACUUGCCAUGCUCCUGCCUCCUGUUAUGGAGUUCCGUCGCCGAGCCCAUGCACCUACUGUUCCCACUACUCCCGAGACACCUGCGCCAGUGAAAAGAGAACGACCCUUCUCAAGCGCCGCUGCCGACCUCCUCGCCGCCCAGACCGCUGCUCCUUCCAAAGCUUCCUCGUCCUCUGCAACAUCAAUCUACGGUGCCAUUUACCCUGCCGAUGUCGUCAGCAGGAUCACUCACAUCCUUUCCGAGAACCAAGAAGCAUCGCGAAUCGUUCUGGGCACAGACGAUGUCAAGUUUGUCAAUCUAUUGUCACAAGAGGCUGCGGAUGCCGACAAGAUCAGACAUCUGGGAGACUUUAAGAUCGAGGUCAGAGUGAAAGGAGGAGAAGUACCAGUCGAGAGACUUGUUAGGGUGCUUCCGACCGAGGGCGAGGACGCUACUGUUUCGUCUAGCUCUUAA